AGCCGUCGCGUUUCCAUUCGCAAACGCCAAAUAUGGUAGAGUGAUAUUAGACGGACCUUUUUUCCCUCCGAUUCACGCCAGUUCGCCGUGCCGUUGUCCAUGCAAAUUCUCUCCCCCCGCGCCCCGCGAUCGAAACUACGUUCCGGUUAUUUUAUUUUAUUAAUAUUAUUUUUUUUAUCUUCUCUCUGUCGGUAUUUUGUAUUCAUAUCUCGACUUACGAUAUUGUGAAUAUUUGACAAAUUUGUUUCUAUCAAUUACUCAUUCAUCAUUUACGGAUAAUACUAAAUUUAAUAAUAAUAUAGAUAUAGCUGAAUCACCAGACUGCUCCGCUAGUUAUUUCCGAGAUAACGCCGAAAAAAUAAACUAUAUUAAGAGAAAUUCUCGUCGCAUGAGUCACUGAGGUGAGAACACGUUAAUACUAUUUUAUUUUUCAAUAUCCUUAUGAUUGUAGGCCUAAUAAGUAUUUAACUAAUAUUAGCCUGUGUAAGUACAGCUUCUUUACUAUUGUCUGGGGGCGUGGAGCCUAUGUACAGUGGUUUGUUUUUAACCAUUUCCUUAUAAGCUAAUGAUUACCAUUUACUACACACUUUUAUUUACUGAUUAACAUUUACUCGGUAUUUUAACAAGUUUAAGAUAGAUAUAAAAAUGAUUUGAAAUAUUUUGUAUAAUUAUAUUCAUUACACGCCCAUUUUUUGGAUUCAUUGAUCUUGGAUUUGUAUUGUAUGUUUUCAAUGACAAAAUUGUCUAGGACAUCUGUUAGUUAUACUUCUUAUUUUAUUUUUUUUAGUUAAUGAUUGAGAUUUGAGUUUUAUGCAAUUACAUUGAGAUAUUAAUUAAUAUACUUAUUAGUUUUUAAUUUUAAAAGUUUGAUUUUUUGUGUUUUUAAAAUUAUAAAUUGUCAAUUAAAACCUACCUACUUAUGAUUUGAACUUUAAAGAAAUUUUUAUUUUAUGUAAUUAAUUAAUUAAAUAUUUAUUGAUUUUAUGAAACUUAAUCAAUAUUUUAUAAUAACCACAUAACUAAAUUAUAAUUUAAAUUUAUUAAAUAUUAAAAUUAAUAUAAAAUAUAAACUAUAUACUUAUUGAUAUAUUUAGAUAUAAACAGUAUUUCUGAUUAUAUUUCUGUAAUGUUAUUUCAUUUAUGUUAGUUUAGUAAAUAUCUUGCUUGUUAAUAAUUUUUAAUGGAACCUAUUAAGUAGGUUUUUAAAAUUUAGUUGAUACCUAUUAUUUUUGUCAUCAUUUGUUAUAUAAAUUAUAAUAUAAAUAAUAACUCAACAUCAUUUUUAUUUUUAAAAAUUUGAAUCUAAAAAUAUUUUUCUAAUUUAUUUAAAUUGUAUACAAAUUUACUUAAUAUUUUACACCAGAGUUCAACAGAGAGUGUGACAUACUGUUAAAUGUAUUGUAUUAUGAAAUUGAGCUGUAUCAUAGUCAACUUUAAAUUAUUAGUUUAUUGUAUUCGCAUACAAUUAUUAAAUUUUUAGUUAAGGUAUUUUAAGUUAAAAAUGUUGUUUCGUUAAAAAAUAUUUGCUGUGUAUCUACCUAUCCUCAUACCUUACUGAUUUUCAGUUUUAGCUAAAUGUAUACAUAAUCAUUGCUAAAUUGCUAUACUAAGCAAGUAUAGUAUUAGUAUACUUUAGAUUCCUUACAUUUCCCAUAAGUCAUAUAAUUGCUUAUAUUCUACUUAUCUGUAUGACAUUCCUGGGAAUUCUAUACAUUUCUUUGGAAUUAUUUUUUUUCAUGGACAUUUUUAAGAGCAAGUAAUUUAAUUUUAAAUCAAUUAUAAUAAUAAAAAUAAGUAAGGCAAUAUUUAAAUUUAUAAUAACAGUAAUUAGUUAAUGUUGAAGUGUCUAGUUGGCUUGUUUAAUUAUGUCAACUUCUCUUUAUUUAUGAUUGUACAUGUUUAGUAAUUAUCAUGUUAUCUGUUAUUCAUAGGUUUAAAUCAUUUUCGUUUAUGAUUUCUGUUUGAGAUCACUAAGUUUCGAAAAAUAUUUUUUAUCUUUUAUUCUUAAAAAAUAUUAAGUUAGGAAAAACAAUUUUUAUUUUUUAUAUGACUAAGAGCUACUUAAUUUAUUUACUUAAUCAACAAUUUUCCAAGUAGGUAUUUAAAAAAUAUUUGUUUUAUACAAUUUACAUGAUAAUAAAAUUGGUUAUGAAAAAAGUUAAUUUUUUUCCUGAAAAAGACUUAUGUCUAAUGUUGAUUAUUUAUUUUAAGGGUCUAGUUUUGUAAAUAUAAUGACAUUUUCAAAUAAAAACCUACUUAUUAGUUUUAUAAUAUUUUACAUCUUGGAAGUUAAUUUUGAUUUAAAAUUUAUUUGUAGUUUCUAUUUAACAUUUUUGUUCAAUAUUUAUAGCUACAGCAAUCAUUUAAUUGAAUAUUGCCAGAAAGCAUGUUGCCUAUAGAAUUAUUGCAAUCUUAAUAACUUUAUAUGUCUUGCAGAUGUCGUUUAAAGUAAGAGCCAGUAAGUUUCGUCAUGUUUAUGGCACAGCUCUAAAACGAGAAUAUUGUUAUGACAAUAUAAGAGUAUCUAAAUCUUCGUGGGACUCAACAUUUUGUGCAGUUAAUCCAAAGUUUGUUGCAUGUAUUGUUGAAUCAGCAGGCGGAGGCGCUUUUAUUGUUUUACCUCUUUCAAAGGUAAGUUAUUGAAAAUUUAAUCAAUACUAACUUAAUAUAAGUAUAUUUAAAACUUAUGUAUAGUUAAAUGUAAAAUUAUAUUAGUGCUUGUGAAUAAUACAUUUAUAUACUUAUCAUUCAUUUAUUAAUUAGAUAUAUAAUAUUAUUUAAUUAUUUGAAAAUUUUAUUGUAUUCAGAAAAAUUAAAGAAAAUUUAAAACCUCAUUUAAUGAAAUAAAAUUUGUCCUAUUAUUUUAUAUUUAAAUGGUUUAUAAUAAAAGGACAGUUGUCCCAUUAGUUUUUUUGUGUAUUUAAGACAAAUUAAUGGUUAACAUGGGUUAAUUAAUAGAUGGGAAGUACUAAUCGUUUUAUUUUUACUUAAAUUUAUAUAAAAAUGGUAUAAAGAAAAAAACUAGAACAGUCCCAUUUUUAUUUCAAAGUAAAAAGUUAAAUGUCAAAUCUAAAAACUCAAACGCAUGUAAUAACAAUUGCAUUGAAAUAUAACAGAAAAAUUGCUUCACUAUAUCUAAAAUGACUUAGGAUAUAUAAUUUAGUUAAUAUUACCUAAUUGUGUAUUAUUAUCAAUUUAAAUACAAUUUAAUAAACAUAGAAUAAUAAAAUGUAUAAUGUUGUAGACAUAGUUCAUUUUAAAUCAGAAAAAUAAUAGAAAGUGUACAUCUUAGAACUGUUACCAUUGUUUGAAAAUAGAACUCGUUUUCUUAUUUCCUUGAAUCCAUUAAGGUUUUAUAGUAUAAUAAGUUGAAUAAUAAUAAAUAAUAAAAAAUAAUAAAUUGAAGACAUAUUUUUUGAUAAGAUAAUAGCGCCACAUUUAAAAAUUAUGCAUGUCUUAAGAAUAAUAAAACACAACAUAUAUUAUUUAUUACUUAGUAAAAAUGUCAGAAAGUUACUAUUCAUGGUAAAAUAUAAAAAUAGUUUCCAUGAAAUUUGAGUACAUUGAUAAUGCUGUUAUAUUAUUUAUGCUUUGUGUAAGCACACAGUUUUUAACCAUAAACAAAACACUAUGUUAAGUAUAUUAUGAUACAAUUUUUUUUAUUACAUAUUAUCUAAAAGAAAGUGGUACUAGGUAUAUAAUAUUUUUUGAUUUAUUUAUAUACCUAUGAGUUAACUAAAAUGAAAUUAAUAACUAUUAUUUUGUAUAAGCAACUAAAUUUGAAUUUAAGCCAAAUAAUAGUUUAUUGGGUUAUUUAUUUAAUUUUGAAUAAAAUUAUAGUUAAAUAAAAUAAGAAAUUUGUACAUAUUAUAUUUUUUUUAAAUUAGACAUUAUUGAUUAAUAUGAAAAAAUAUAAUUUGUUUGGUGCUGAAUAUGUGGUCUAAACUCAUAACUAAUACUGAUACCAUGUGAUACAAAUUAUAAAAUAAUAAUUUGGGAAAUUAAUUUUUCUGUUUAGUUUAACUAUUAGUUAGUAUAUUUUAUAAAUAGCUAGAGAAAGAAAAAAGUGUGUUUUAUAUAAUUUUGAAACACGUUUCUCUAGUAGAUAUUAUAUUUAUUUUUUUGACCAUUCGUUAUUGUAGAUUGUCACUAAUACAUCAUACCAUAAACAUUUUUAAUAUCUUCAUUUAACCAUUAACCAUCAGUAAAAUUACAUAAAUUUUUCAAUGAGGAAUUGCACUCAAAGCAUCAAGCAUAAAGCAUUUCAUUUAAAACAAUUGCAUAAUAUUGCUGUAGGUUUUUUUCUGAUUUUUAUUAAAAAUAGCUGAAACCAAUGUAUUUGUAAUAAAAAUAUAUUUAGAUUGUUACGAAUAAAAUAAAACACUUCAUUAUAAAAAUGUAUUUAAUAUAUACUAUGUAUUAUAUGUAUCAUAUCUAUCUUAUAUCUUCUUAUUUAUAUUAGUAUAUACUAGUUCAAUUACAAAGUCUUGCCAUCUUAUUUAUAUUAAUAAAAAGAAGUGUGUGUUCAUCUAUCUGUGCAUGAUGUACAGACAAAUUUAUCAUACACAGAGAUCUGAAAAUUUACUUAGAAAAGCACAUAAACAUUGUAUGUACUUUCAAACUAGAUUUUCAAAUUUCAACCUCUAAAGUGUAGUUCACACAGUAUUUUUGGUAUUUUUGACACAAAAAUUAAAUUAUUUUUUUUGAUAAUGAGUUAUAUUUGUCAAACAUAUAAAAAUAACAGCUAUUAUUAGUUGAUAUUGUUGUCACAGGUAAAGAAGUAAAUUAAAAAAAAAAAUGUAUUACCAGGCAGUAGCAACAUUAACUGUGAUAGCGAUGGUAAUGGAAACUAAAAGACACAAAAUUUUAUUUUUUUAAAUAUUUGUUCAAUAUUGUUAAAAGUUUAUAAACCUUUAUUAAUACAAUGCAAUAAGUAUAUAUAAUGAAACUUUUAAGUUAGAAGUCCUCUACUUAAACACUGGUAUUGAAGUUUUAAUCAAAUAAUUUUUGUUUUGUAUACACUAAAUUAGAAGGUUUUUACAUCAGAUAGGUUUGGUUUAACUGAAGUAAACACUUGCAGUGCUUGGAAUGACAUAUUAGUAUAUUGAUGUGAUUGGAAAGUUUAAUGUAAAAUUGUUUAAAAAAUAGUUUCGAUUCUUUUAUAUUUUGCUUUUAAUAUUAUUUUUGCAAGUUAUAUAUAGUAUUAUAAAUUCUGUAUUAUUUAGUAAUAGGAUAGCUCUCAUUAUAUUACAUUUAGUAUUUAUUAAUUUAUUCAAUUAUGUAUUAUUACAUUAAGUUUUGAAAUUUAAGUAGUUUAAAGGAUAUAAUGCUUAAGUUAUUCUCAUAAAAAAGAUUAUUAUCGAUACCAGACAUGCUAUGUAAUGUGUUGUUGAUUUGUUUAUUGUAAUUAAAUAUGAUACAAUAGUCUAAGAGAUCUUGGCAAUCAACUACAUCAAAAACAAGUACAUUGUCAAUAGACUAUUAAUAUCAUUAUUAUCUUUGUUUAGAUAGUUACUGACUAUUUUGAGUUCUAUUGUUACAAAUUUUGUAAACAUCUAAUUUUUUUCUAAUACAACAUAAAAAAGACUUACAUCGCACUGUUAUAUGUGAAUAGUUAAAAAAGUAGAAUAUAGAAAAGAAUUUAAUGCAUAUUUGUACAAAAAAUGAUUCUGAGCAGAGUUUGGUUAUCAUGUUUUAAAACGCUGUAAUGUUUACAAUUUGAAAAUUAUACAUUUGAUAAAUUUUCCGGGUUUUUCCCGUUUAUUAUGAAAACUCCUGGAAAAAUCGAAAAAUGACUGACCUCCAUAAAGUACCUCCCCAGUCAGAUUUCCUUUCAGAAAAAGUGUUACACUUGAAGAUAAAGCAAAAUGUAUGGUAGAAAAGUUGUUAUCAGAAAAAAAAAAUAAAGAAACAUCAUUGUAAAACCAAACACAUUCUUUGUUCCAUUCAGAAUCUAAAUUUAUACUGAAUAAAUGGAGAUACCUAAAUCACUUUCUUGAAGUUUCCAGUUUAAAUAGUUAUAGUUAUGUAAUUCAAUUUUUGUGGAAUCUUAAUUAUAUUUAUAUUUGGAUUAAGUUACUAUUUUUGUAUUUACAAUCUACAUACUCUAUUAUUAAAAUUUAAUACAUCCUUUUAUAGUAAUAAUUAAUUGAUUUAUGUUAUUUUAAUUUGUUUAUUUUUUCGUGGAUAUACUCGACAUAAUUAGGGCAACCCCACUUAAUGACGUUGUACGUCUAAAAUAAUAUAUAAAUAUUAACUAAGUUCAUCGUGAUUUCUAUAUUUAAAGUUCUCCUAGGAGAUCAAAAUAAUCAAAAAUACAUUUGAACGAAUGUACCGUGUGCAAAAUGCCAAUUUUCCUUGCGUCCGAUUUGUUGAAAACAUUAAGUAUAUUUCAAUAUACUUUUGACAUUUAUAUCAAUUUUACAAACUUAUUAUUUUGCAUUAUUUAAAUUAGAAAACUAAUUGUAAAAUAUAUUCCUAUAAACCAUGUGUAUUUGUUUAAUUUACUUUGAAUGAAAAAAUGAUUUAUUUUAUGAAUUGAAUAAUUUGUUAUAAGUUGAUUAGUUGUUAAAUCAAAAAAAAAACUUGGUUUGAUGAAGGUACAUAUAAUUAUGCCAUCAUUAUCAUAGUAGUCAUAUAUUAAUUUUCUAAUUUUACCAAUAUAUUUUACAAUCAUAUAUGGGUCAUUUAAAUUCAUUUAGUUGUUUUUUUUAUGUAUUUAUCUUUACUAUAUGACGUCAUAAUUUAGUAUGCAUCCCACAUACUGCCAAGAAUCAGAUAGAAUAAAAAUGAUGAACCUCCUACCUAGAUGUUUUCAAUGUUAGUCCAUAUUGUGGUAUUUAAACUAUUUGAUUAUACUUCACUCAAUGAAAAUGUUUAAAUUUUUUUUGUAUUUAAACAUAAUUAGUAUUUAUGAGUAUAGAGUAUAGUUAUUGUGGAAUCAAUAUUUCUAUUUCAUUUGGUUUUUGGUCAUUAUACAUUAUAUGUAUACUAUUUUUUAUAAUUCAUUUAACAUAAUAAUACUACUAAAGAAUAAAACUAAAUUGUUUAUUACCAUUUAAAGAUGUUUUUACAAUUAAAUAUCACAGUUAGACGGAUUUAUGUAUUUUAAAGGUUACUUUUUUUCUUAUUUUCAUAGAUUAUUUCUAAUUAUUUUGCAUUUUAUUAUAAUAUAGUAGGUAGAUAUAUUACAUUGUUUUUUUUGUUUUAUAAUAUAUUCAUGCAUCAAAUUUAAAUAAUUCAAAUCUUAUUUGUAAAAAUAAAAUUUAAUGUUGUCCUAAACAACCCUAACAGAAGAAUUUAUAGAUUUUAAACAAUAUAAAAUAAAAUAUUACAUUUGUCACUUAAAUUCUUUGAAAGAUCAUACGGAGUGUUUCUUAUAUUUGUUGGUAAAUCAACGUUAUUAGCAACAUACAACCAUAAUUAAAUACUGAUAUAAUUUAAAUUUAUCAAAUUUAAUAUGAAAAAAGUAACAGAAACAUUCAAAAGUAAUACUCUUUUUGUUAUUAAAUUUGAAUCGAUCUUCAGAAUAAUUAUUUUCUUUUGAUUUAAUACUAUAUAGAAUUGUGUAAUUUAAAUAACUAAAUUUUGUUAUAAAUAAUUUAAUGAAAUAGAAAUAUAAUGAAUAGGUUUUUAAUGAUAAAAACAAUUUUGUAGAUACUUUUAAUAAAAAAAAUUAUAGAUUUUGUAAAAAUUUUAAUUUACCAAUAUAUUUUAAAAAUUAUCUUUCAUCUAUUUAUAAGUAUUUCAAAUCGAAAUAUUAUUUUCUUAAUUUUUGGUAUUUAACUAUACUUAUCAUUUUUGUUAAUAUCAGUUGUGCCAUGUUUUUUCAUAAUUUUCUGAAGUUAAGUAUUUAACUGAUAAAUAUCUUUACAUAAAUAAAAAAUUAUAUUGUCUUUUGGGGUAAGGUAAUUUUUAAACUUUAACAAUUAUUAUUAUUUAUGUUAUUUUUAGAUUCAAAGUGCGGCAGUGUUAAAUUGGUUUUACUAUGAUAUGUUUUUUCUAUCUGUAAACAAAUUUUCAGAAAAAACUUGCUCCAAAUAAAAAAUGACGAGACCUUUUUAUGUUGAGUUUAGAUCUAAUUAGUAAAUAGAAAAAAUAGUUUUUUGAUUUUUGAUUUAGUUUUUUUUAAUAAUUGAACCAAAGAUUUACAAAAAUUAUGAUUUCAUUAUUUUCAGUUUUGUUUUUUGUUAAAAUUGAGUUAAAAAUAUUUAUAGAUACUUGAAAUUUCGACAAAAUAUUUAUAUUUGUUGUUAUAUUCGUGGUACAAUUUUUAAAAUAUUUUUGAGCUAUUUUUAGACAUUUUAUGUUUAUGAGUUUUUAUUUGGUAGAUACUAUAUGGAUAUAAUUAUUUGACUAAACAGAAAUGUUUGAAAAUUUAUCAUGUGGUUCAUUUUAAGUUAUACUUAGUGGGCAACAAAAAAAACAAGUGUUAUUUUUCUUUGCGAUGGUUUUAAGAUCAAAUUUUGAUGAAUAUCGUGAAUAUUAUGGUCUUUCGAAGCGUGUAAACAAAAUUCGCUCAGAAUCGUUUUUCGUUUACAGUGGUUUAUUGUUGCUUACAGAUAUAAUUUAAAUAACUUAACAUAUUCUACCUUUUUUAGAUUUUAAAUUUUAAAUUCUAUUUUUUUUAAAAAAAAGAAAAAGAAAAAAACUUCAAUUAAUAAAAAUGCUCUUUAAAUGCUCAUUAUUUGACUGAUGGUACUAUUUGUAGAACAAUUUUCGAAAUACUUUUUCUAAAACAUAUUGCUGUUUUUUUUUUCUAAAUAUUGUUUUAGUGAGUGAAACAGUCCGAUUUUUCACACGGUCCCUUUAAGCCUACCUUUUCCUCCCAGUAGAACUCUGCAUGAAGCACUUUUUGAAAUGUUUAACAGUUCAUUCCUUUAGCUCGUUUUAGAGUUUUUUCCUUGGAAAACCCUUUUUUUGUUUAGUAAAAAUGCUCAAUUAGAUUAUAAGAUAAAGAUAUUAAAUGCCCUUUUUCUCCCUGGUGAUAUUUUAUUUGAACAAUUUUUCUAUUCAAUUUAUAAAACUGAUUAAACCUGGAUAAAAAACGGUAAUUGAAGAAGUAAAGACCUAAUAGGUAGGUCACACUAAAGAAAAUUACAUACCCUUGUGCAGGAGGGCAUGCCUAGGGGGGUACGAUAGUUAUCUAUGACCACAGAGGUGCUUAUGAUAAUUUUUAAAGUUCUUUUGAAUUCAAUAUUUUAACCUAACAAAUAACCUAUGAGUGAUUUUAUUUAUUGGUAAUUUUUUUUGGCACCCGAUGAUGAUUUUGCUACGCUUGACACUACCCGCGUGUGCUGUCUCUGUCUUACGAACAUGACAUAGCAAAUUUUUUGUUUAGCAGAAAUAACUUUGUAUUCUUAGUUUUAAUAUUAGAAUGAAUUAACCUAUUACGUAACUUAUUGUUAAAAAUUAUUAUCUGUGUAACUAUUGGUUUUGAAGAUUUUAGUGUGAAAUAUUAUAAUUUAAAAAUUCUUACAUCUCUAUUAAAAUAUAACUGCACAGAUAAUUUUCUCAAAGAGUUAUGCUUGCUAAGCACAAAUUUUCUAUAUUUUGUGUUAAUUAGAUGGUUAUAGAGCAUAUAAAAAUUAAAUCCUCUUACAAUGUGAAGAUUGUGUAAUAAAGAGAUAUGUAAUAAUGGUAGACCCAAGAUUUAAUUAUAGGGAAGCAGGUAAAGAUAGAGAGGGAUGAAGAAAAGUUUUUCCAUUCCACAUUACUCUAAAUCAUUUAUGUCACAUUCUACUAUUAAUAUAAUAUUAUCAGCAGAAAAUACCUUAAGUUAUAGUAACUUGUUUCCUCAACUUAAACUUAACUAUUAUUAUUGUAUCCAUUUAAUGUAUUUUGAAUAUGUAUUAUGUAUUUAAUGUUUUAAACUUAUUGUAAAUUGAUUUCACGCCUGUCAUUAUAUUUAAAUAAAUACAUAUUAUAAAUUAGAAUAAUUAUUUGUAUAACAGCUUUAAUUUUGUUUUUUAAAAAACCUCUACAUUUUACAUUCUGGGUAGCGCGAGGAAUGUAUUGAUUUUACAAUGUUAUUUAUUUUUUUAUGUGAACACUUUAUACAAGAAAGCAUACUCCGAUUAUCAAGUAUAGCACCUUUUCUGAAAAGAAAUAUUUUCUGGGUGGUACUUUAAAGAGAUUAUUUUUUGAAAUCUCAUUAAUAUUCGAAAUAAUGAGGAAAACCUUGGUCUUUAGGUUAAGAAAGAUUGCAAGAUUAAAAAUGAGGUUGUCAUUGGCAACUGGUUUUAUUUAUUUUUGUUAUUAUUAAGUUUUUAUUAUUUUAAAAAUAUUUUUUAAACAAUCAUUGUUGUCAUAGAAACGCACAUUGCUCUAAUCAUUUAACCAUAGUAUGACAUAAAUACCAUAUAUUGUAUUGUCGACAAAGCAACACUAUCAACUGAACUUGACUGAGAAUCUUUUUUUUAUUAGCAAUGGUUUAUCAUUGCUUACAAAUAUACAUUACAUUCCCGUCUAUAUCCUAUCUUUCAUACUUCCCAUCUACAACAUUGGUUUUACUCAUGUGCAAAGUAUGUAGGUCUUUUUUCAUUUUCUAGAUAUUUUAAAAUAUUGAAAAGAAAAGAUUAUAGAUGAGAUUUUUUAUUCUCUUCAUUUAUGAACCACUGGACAAAUAUAAUCGUUAGGCUGGUCCUUAUUUUUGAACUUCAAUAAUUUUGUGCCUUGGGCUCGAAAUUCUGUUAUUUACAUUGUAAAAAUUAUUUUUGUAAAUUUUGUUUAUAAUAAAUCAACCCCUUCACAUGCCUCAAAAGGGUUAAACAUUGUAAAAACCGUGUGUUUAUUGAUUUAUUUACAUUUAUUUUUUAAUUUUUAACAUACAAAUAAUUUAUCAGACACUUUAUUAUAGUAAAAAAGAUUAAAAAAUCAAUUUAAAAGUUGGUAGAUUUGUAAUAGAAAAUUUAAGAUUAUGUAUAAUUUCAAAUCUACCAACUUAUAAAUUGAUUUUUCACAUAUAAUGGUAAGUUUCACUGAAAUGUUAAGGAGAGCUAUUAUGUAAGAAAUCUUUUUUACUAUAAUAAAGUUGUUGAUACAUUUACUUUUGUAGGUUUAAAAUUCAAAAUAAUUAAUGUGAAAUCUACCUCUUUUAUAUUAAUUUACACAUUUUUGAGGCACUUGAAGGGAUUGACUUUUCAAACCCAAAAUUAAAAAAAAAAAUAUUUUUCCAAUGUACCUUACAGAAUUUCAAUCCUGUGAAUUCAAAUAUUUGACAUUUAUUUUCAACAUCUAUAGGUUAAAGGCUAUCCUAAUAGAGUAUAUAGUAUGAAAUAUUGAAAAACUAAUAGUUUCUUUGCUUUGAUAAAAACUAAAACUCUAAAUUUUAUAUUUCUCUUUUUCUUUUAUUACCUACCAUAGUUUAUUUUUAUUUUAAAAUUUGAAUACAUUGUACAACAAUUUUGAAGUGAGUUAUGUGUGGUGACUUCACAGAAAUGUGGUUCGAUUAGUAAAUCUCUUGUUUGCUUUUAUUAUUUUUAGCGUUGCCAUUUAAUUUUUAUUCUAAUUUUAACACCAAUUUAUUUAGUAUUACAAAUACAUGGAAUUGUUUAGUAUAAUAUUUUGUGUAAUAAUAAUGAAUUCAGAGGGUUGAUAAUUGAGUGUUAAUGUUAAAACUAAAUCAUUGUUUAAUUUGUAUGACUUGAGUCAUACGUAAAGUCUAUGUAAACAAAUUAUACAAGUGUUGUUUUGCAGUUUUUUCCAUUACUACCAAACAUUGGUUUAUUCUAUCUAAUAUUUUCAAUAAUAUUCCAUUUUGAUAUAUUUCAUGAUCACCCAUGCCCCUAAAUAAUAAUGGAUUUAUAAAAUAAUAAGAUAGUCCUAAAAAAUUAUUGUUAUCAUUUUAUUGGAAAUACCUAAAUACUUGUCCAAAAACAGUAAUCUAUUUUAGUUAUUACAUGGCCAUGAGUCAGAUUUUAUUUAUGAUCAUACGAUACAAACAAUAACUUGUGCUUUAUUAUUAUUGAUUAUCAUUUACAUGUUUUUAAUGUACAAAUCAACAUUUAUUCAAGUUCAUUUAUUUGUAUAUAAUUUCAAUUAAUAAGACCUCUCAAAAAGUUUAAAUAAAAAAAAAUAGGUAAACUUUUUUUUUUUAUUUAUUUUUUUUUUACUUAAUCGAAAGGAUAAAUGAUGUACAAAGAUCCUUUUUUUUUCUGUUUCUGUAAUUUUUGUCUAUGCAUCAUGUGGAACCUGAUGACAAUUUAGAUAAAGACUUUAGAAAAAUAUUAGGUUUACUUAAAGGAACAUUUAAUUUAAUUUCAUCAUUAUUGGUUUACUUAAUCAGAAGAUAUUCAAAUUUAAAGUUCAAAAAUUAAUUUGCAUUUGCAAAAUUUAUUAGCACUACAAAUAUAAGAAAGGCUUCAAUGUGUUUGAACAUACAUAACAAAAAUAACUAGACUAGUUUUAGUAACUCUUGGUACUCGUAAGAAUCUAGAAAAAAAUACUGUCAAUAAAUCCCUAUAUAUAAGCUUAAUUUGUCAUUCUUUUUACUUAUUUGUAGUUCUUUAAUUACGCAUUUAAAAAUAAAGAAAAACAAUUUAAUACUUGUCAUAAGCAGCAGUCUAUAUACUUUAACUUUACUUAGGUGUAUUAUUUUAAUCUAAUAAAGAAUUAUCAAAAGUUAAAAAUAUUUGCUUACAAAAGAAACCUUUAUUAUUACUCAUAAAAGCUGUUACAUAUAUAUUUUUAGAUCCUAUUAUACAUAUUUUUAAAUUUAUUUUUUGUCAUUAAACUUAACUUUCUUUGUGUAAAGAAAGUGCACAUGAACAUUGUUCAGCUAGUAAAGAAUAUAGAACAGCUUUACUUAAGAUUUUUUUAAAAGCCUCUACAUAAAACCUAAUCUCUAGAUUUUAUUUGUACUUUAUUUUGUGUUAAUAAACAUUAAAUAGUAAGUUGUUUUUUUUAGACUGGCCGAUUACCUGCUGAUCAACCUGUUGUCGGUGGUCAUAAAGGUCCUGUACUAGACAUUGCAUGGUGUCCACAUAAUGAUAAUGUAAUUGCUAGCGGUUCAGAAGAUUGUGUGGUAAAAGUUUGGCAAAUUCCAGAUGGCGGAAUUUCACGGUAUGUUUGUAUUUUAAAUUUAUUAAUUUGUAUUUUUUAAUAAACUGAAUUUUUAAUUUUACAUAGAACAUUAACCGAGUCUGUAGUGGAUUUAAUAUAUCAUCAAAGAAGAGUUGGUCUUGUUUUAUGGCAUCCAACAGCCCGAAAUAUUUUACUAUCGGCUGGUAAUAUUUUCAUUUUUACCUUAUUUCAUACAAUUUUUUGGUUAUUAUUUACACUUUAUUGUUGAUAGGAUCUGAUAAUCAAGUAGUAAUUUGGAAUGUUGGUGUUGGUGAACCACUCAUACAUAUUGAUUGUCACCCUGAUAUAGUAUUUAGUGCAUCCUGGAAUUUUGAUGGAUCACAAUUAUUGACAACAUGCAAAGAUAAAAAACUUAGAUUAAUUAAUCCUAGAAGUGGAGAAGUUGAGCAGGUUAUACAUUCAAGUUUAUUUAAAAAAAAAAAAAAAAAAAACAAAAGUAUUUAUUGUUAAUUAUCAUUAUAGGAAGUAAUAUGUCAUGAAGGUAGUAAAGCAUCCAGAGGUAUAUUUUUAAAAGGAGGCCUUAUAUUUACAACUGGCUUUAGCAAACUUUCUGAAAGGCAGUAUUCAUUAAGAUCUCCUGAAAAAUUAAAUGAUCCUAUUAUUAUGGUUGAAUUAGACACAAGCAAUGGCGUUAUGUUUCCAUUAUAUGAUCCUGAUACAAGUAUGAUUUACUUAUGUGGCAAGGUAAAACUAAAAUUUAAAUUAAGCUUAAUUUAAUUGCAUUGUAUGUAUUAUACAUUUGUAUGUUUUUAGGGGGAUAGUGUUAUUCGAUAUUUUGAAAUAACUGGGGAACAUCCGUUCGUCCAUUAUAUUAAUACAUUUCAAACACCAGAUCCUCAACGAGGAAUUGGUAUGAUGCCGAAACGUGGUUGUGACGUGUCAAUUUGUGAGAUAUCUAAGUUUUAUCGUUUAAAUAAUUCUGGACUCUGCCAAGUAAUUAGCAUGACUGUUCCAAGAAAGGUAAAAUUUAAAGUAUUUUAUAUUUUGUAAUAUUUUAAAAUAAUAAAAUAUUUUUAGUCGGAAUUAUUUCAAGAAGAUUUGUAUCCAGAUACUAUUGGAGAUAUUCCCGCAAUAGAUGCUGAAGACUGGUUUAAUGGUCAAGAUGCUGAGCCAGUAUUAAUAUCCUUAAAGGAUUAUCAUCAACCCACACGGUUACCAACUGCUUCUGAAAUGAAGGUGGCUAAAAAGCCAAAUAUUCUGGAUAAACCAUCUGCAAAUAAAACUGCUAAAACCAGUUCAAACAACACCCUCGCAACACCUGUAGCUAAACCACAGUUUAUACAACCACAACAAUCAAUUCCAGUUAGUAACAAUUAACAUUUUAAAAUAAAAUUAUUAAAUAAUUUGAUGUUAAUAUACCAGAUGAUACACUAAACUGGAAACAUUUGUUAUCUUGAAAUGUAUUGACUUUUACUGAAUUUCUUUUUGAAUCCUAACAAACAAAUAGUCCUAAAAUACAUUAUCAUUUUUUUUGUCAUCUUUAUUUUUGAUGGUUAAACAACUACCUACCAUUAAUUUUUAAAUAGCAGUAUAUAUAGAAAAUGCCUUAAAUAGUAUAGGUGGUUAGGUUAUGUUUAAAUAGUGGUGUUAAAAUUUUUGAUUUCCAUCAAUUUGUUGACAAGGUAUUCUAUUUUUAAAUUUGAGUCAAGGUAGAGUUAUGGUGCAUUAUUAAAACGCUGUGCACCGUGUUGUCACACAAAUAAUGCUUCACUGCUCUCCCCUGACCCAACCUUAAAAGUGGAAUAUCUUUUGUUAACCCAUUAUGGAUUGAUGGAAAUCAAAAAUUUCAACACCAAUAUUUUAACUAAUACCGGAACCUAUUUUUUGAAUUUUUAAUACAGGUUGCCAUUUUAAAAUCAAAGUAGGUAAUGGUUGUAUCCCAAAAUUAAGGGUGACAAAAAAAAAAAACAAAUGUAAAAUUGUAGAGCUGUUUGUUUCUUUAAUGUUUUAUAAAACCUUUCACAGCGACAUGAAUAGAUUCUUUGGUAUAAGAUAAUUUGUUUAUACAAAAAUCAGUAUAAAAUGUAUAGAUUAUUAAAUAAUGGUAAAUUUUUCCUUUUUAUUUUCAAUUUUUGUAUUUGUAUCUUAAUUGUACGUUAAUUUUUUUUUUUCACAAAUUUUCUUUAGAAAUUUAAAUAUUAUAUUACAAUUUUUAGAAUAUCAUUUACAUGAUGGAAAAAAUAGGCGAUCCAGAUAAAAAUUUAAUUUUUUUCUAAAUAUAUGUCUCCCCUAAAGAAAAACAGAUAGGAAAAAAAAAUAGAAUAUUAACAGCUUUAGCUCUAGUGAGGUCCUGUUUAAUUGGAGGAAACAUUAAAUGUCUACAAAUUUCUUUUAGGAUGAUAUUGUGAAAGAAUUUAAAGAAGAAAUAAGGAAGUUGAAAGCUAUGAUUGUGAAACAUGAAAACCGCAUUAGGACUUUAGAAGCCCGAGCCAUUGAAGAUGCUACUGACACAGCAAAAGAGAGUGGUGACUCUCUUGUUGUAAAAAACAAUGAUCAGAAUGAUGUGGAAUCUAAACAUGAUGAUAAUGAUCUUAUUGAUGCUAAUGACGACGAAUAAUUUGUAUGGUACAAGUAUUUAUUUAAUACAAUUUUAAGAGACUUUAAAAUAAAGUCAAUUUGUCCCGUUUAUAUUGGCUAAAUUUAUGACAACAUAUUUAUGUAAUCACAAAAUAACAUGCUCAAAGUGGUUUCAACUCUACUUUUCUCUAGUCUUCAGUGUGUGUGUUUUUUUAAUUUUUAAUAUCAAUAUAAUACUUUAAGUUAUGUUCCUCUUUCCCUUGAUUUGUAAUCGUCCUUUAAUUUUAUACGAGUUAUAUUAUUAAUUGUAUUCUCUCCGCACUUUUUAUUCACCACAUAAAGUUAUUUUUGUUAAUUUCAUAUUGAAUGGUUUUAUAACCCAAAUACGAAUACUGUUAAUGAAAUGCUAUAGAUUUGGUUGAAUUAGUCAGAUAUUUAAAAAUAUCAUUAUUAUUCCUUUAAAAUUGAGAACCUCGAUUAAAAAAUUUAAAUUGUUUAAAAGGUAUUUUUACAAUUUUCUAGGAUUAUUAUGUGAUUUUAAACAAUAACCAACCUUGAUUACAAAAUAAUAGUACAUUUUUAUCUUAACCUGGGACUUCAUAAUUUAAUAUGUGCUUCCAAAAAAUUGAAUUACCCCAUGAAUCUCUAGUCCUUUAACAAGCAUUACAAUAAUCUAUUAACAUGAUGGUGCGUAUUAUUAAUAAUAUGUUAUUGUAAAAUAAAUUAUUUUAUAUACUGGUGUGAAUACAACGAGUGUUUCAUGAAAAUGUUUUUUGUGCUGAUAGAAUUAAAAAUAAUCCAUGUAAUUUUGAUAAUAGAGAUUAGCUUGACUGUAAAUUGUAAAACACUGUGUUAUAACAAAAAAAAAAAUAUAUAUAUAUAUGUGUAUAAGGUAAUUAUAUAUUAUACAAUAGGCUUAUGUAAAACAAAUUAUGGUAAACUAAUAAUACUCAUUUUUUGAAUAUAAUACUUUUAAUUUGUUUUUAAUAAGCCUUUAAAAUUAAAUUAAUUUAUAUUUUAAACAACGAAAUUUUAUUAUUUUAAUAUAGGACAUAAUAGAUUUUAAAUAUUAUAAGAUUUUAACCCAAUUAUUGUUUUAGUUUUUAGUUUAACUGGUAGUAUAAAAUCAAAUACAAUAAUUAAAAUAACAUUUAUGUGUGACUGUUCCAAUUAUAGUGUUAAAUUAAUCUAGGUUUUUAUUUUAUUUUGUUGUAAAAAAUUAAAUAGUAUUAAUUCAUAAUUUACUUGGGCAAAUAACUAAUAUUAUAUAAACUAUGAUGAAGGAACAUAAUUCUAUGUUGAUUAUAUUAAUAGCAUUUAAUUAUAUUAAUAUUGAUAUUGACAUCAAUUUUUGUAUGGUUAGUAUAUAUUUAUGUAGAAUACAAAACAAAAUGUAUACUGUUAUUACAGUUUGUAGCACUGUAAUUGGAAUACUCACAUUUCGUUUUAAAUUUCUAUCGUCCUAUUAUGCAUUUAAUAUUUUUAAUUUUGUAAGUUGCAUUAUUAAUUAGUAAUUUAAAUGCAAAAACGACUUAUAUUUCUGUGAACAUAUUAUAAGUUUUAGCUUAUUUUAAACAUUGGAAAUUUUAACAAAAUUACACUUGUUAUUCAAAUAUUAACACCAUCAAUCCGUGUUGUGUUUUUAAUAAUAUCUACCAUUAAACUGAUAAGGUCUAUUUACUAAAUAAUUUAUUAAUUCUCCUUCGUCGGGUUGCUAUGUUAUUAAAAAUCUCAGUACAUUUUUUUCAAAUUUUACAAUUUAACCUUACAGGGUGCCUAAGCGAAUUUUAACAUUAAUCUUUAUAGAAAAAUUCAAGUGCCAAUUUUGUGGCCAAUCAAGUGCCAAUCAACUCAAAUUUCAGUUUAUUAAAUUGUAUGGUAACCAGUCUGCCAUUGUUAUCACUCACAAAAUUUGUUUACUGAAAACAACCAUAAAUAAUAAUAUAUUAUUAAAAUGCUCAACUCGUUUUGUAAUACCCAUUAAUAAUAUUGUGUUGAAAUUACUUAUAUUAAAUAAUUUACAAAUUUAAUCUCAAAUAUUUUUAUCACACUAAGCAUCACAUAAUCGCAUAUGAUAAAUUCAGAACUAAUAUGCUGCGAAACAUAAAUCUUAACUUCUGUCAUUUAUCAUCCUUUAAAUUCAUAAUAUGUAAAUAAAUUAUACCUUUAAAUAAAUUUGUUAUCUAUUUUUAUACAUUUUGUGUAAUACGUUUUGUCAUUUAAAUGUAUUAUUAUUAUUAUUAUUUUUAUCAUUAUUAUUACUACUAUUAGUUAAUGGCUAUUUAAACAUAAAACUAUAUUAUUAUACAUAUAAACGAGUAUAUCUCAAUAAUAAUAUCGCGCUUUUUUAAUCCAACAUUUUUAACCAAAACUUCUUCCUUUAUUUAUGUCUUACCUAUUGUCAACAGAUGGCAUUUUAAAUAUUUUAAGUAUUGAAAAAAAUUGUAUUUUGUUAUAAUAAUAAUAUAUAUUGUAUUUUAUUUUAUACUCUUUUCUUAUGUAAAACAUAUAUAUUUAUAUAUUAUAUACAUUGUAUCUCUCAGUAAAAUAUCAAAAUAGUCCAGCUUCUAAACAAUAUAUUGACUCAGUUUUAUUUAUAUUAUUAAUUUAAGGGAUUGAGGGAAACUCAGCCAUGGGCUUAUCAUGUAAAAGUGUUGUUUAACAGUGUUUGUUCAAGUCUCACUCAUUGGUUAUUUUGUUAUCUUUUUAUUUGGGUGGAACCUGUUGAGGAUAAAAAUAAUCAAUAUUCCUCAAAACAAAGUCCCCUCUCCUACUCUCCUAAAAAAAAGUCUUACUGAUUGUCACAAGAAGAUAGGUAUGUAAACACAUUUCAUUUAAAUAAAGCAUUCGAAUAUGAAUUUUACUUUCAUCAGUUAAACUGACUAAAUCAUCUUUUAGUAUUGUUUAGAAGCAAAAAUAUUUUUGAUUGACUUUACUUUUUCUAGCUUAUACUAUAUAUUCUGUAUAUUGUUUCUAGUAUAAUACUGUAUGAUUAUAAUGUGUAUAGACUAUAGGUAUUGAUUUUAUAAUUAUAUAUUACAUAUUAUAUUAUAAAAUCAAUGGAAUAGGUAAUACUUAGUUUAUUUAUAUAAUUGUGUGCGUGUGAUCAGAUAAAUUGAACAGAGUGUAUUAAACUUUUCAAAAACAUAAAUAUUGUUUAACAUUUGUAUUUUCACUAUUUAUUUGUAUUGUAUUGUUUAGUUGAAUAUACAGAUAUGUUCAGUGAUGUGCCAUUUACACACAGUUGUUGUGUGUUUGUAAACCUUUCAUAGUUUCACCCAAAAUUGUAUUGUUAAAACGUUGUACAUUGACACUUGACGAUCGUAAAACAUACUAAUAUUUUGAUUAAACAUGACUACUUGAAUUACAUUCUUCUUUUGUACUU